AAAGGUUAGCAUUAGCGUUUAGAGUGAUGGCCCAGAACGGUCUGGACGAGGGAGCGGCAGGUCAUCUAACCGUGAGGGAUAGCUUAGAUGGGUCAACCUUCUGGGUGAAUCCCUUUGGAGUGCCAUUUGAUACAAUGACGGUGACUGAUCUCCUACGAAUCGACCAUACUGGCGCUAUAAUAGAGGGUGGCAGAUCCGAUCAGAUGUUUUACAACGAGGCGGCAUAUGUCAUACAUGCCGCUGUUCACUCAGCACGACCUGAUGCCAAUGCUGUUUGUCACUCACACUCGCCAUACAGUAAAGCAUUCUGUGCAUUUUCUAAGCCACUUUCAAUGGUUAGUCAGGAUGCUUGCCUAUUUUAUAAUGACCAUGCUGUUUACGAAACUUUCGGCGGUGUUGUACUUAAAGGUGAAGAAUCAAAGGCCAUAGUUAGGGCUCUCGGUCAGAAUAAAGCCCUUUUAAUGGCUAACCAUGGUGUUCUGACAGUAGGGACAACAAUUGAAAGUGCGACAUUCUGGUUCUAUAGUAUGGAGAAACAAUGUCAGGUACAGCUACUUGUCGAUGCUGCUUCCAAAGGUAACGCAUCUCCCAAAAUCAUCUCACAGGAAGCUGCUCAAUUCACAUUCGACCAAACUGGAAAUGAGAGCGUGGGUUGGCUUGAUGGAAACACUCUCUUCAGAAGUACAGAAGUGCGUUGCAAAGGCGAACAUAAACAAUAAUAGUAUUUACCAGUAGCGAAACAUAAA